CAAUACUAGGUGUGAUUGAGCACAACGAGAUUUGAGCUGCGUCAGCGUCGAACAGACUAGAAACGACGAGCUGCAACGAAAUGAACAAGGCGAUCACAUGGCCACCCAUGCCCCCCGACUCUCCCCCUUCCCACCGCCCUCCAGCCUGACGCAAGGACACCUCUUUCGAGCAUCUCAGCUUUUGUGCGAUGAAAAGACCUUGCACAUCACCCUGACGGAGCUUCGAGCGGUUUUCGAGGGCAUCAUCCCUGCUGCGUUCCAAUUCGAAGUGCUUCUGGAGCACAUCGUGCUAUGUGCUCUUGCUGUCCAAGACUUUGGUCUAAGACAACGUGACGGUGCACAUCACGAGGAACAGGCCCUGCUCGCCGCAGAGGCAGUCGCCCUAGCAUACCUCGCUCAGGUCCCUUACGUGAUCGCGGGCGUACCGGAAUAUCUUCAGCCCUUCAGAGAUAUCGUGGCUGAACUCGCCUCCGUGCUGUCGGUUUGGAAUGUCUUGGGAGGCUCACAGUGUUUGGAUGCGCUGGCGAAUGGCGACCAGCAACAGCUAAGUGUACUGGCCUCGAGGACCGCUUUCGAUCUCGUUAUUAGCAGCGACAUUCCCCGAGAAUGGCGCGAUGCCUCUCGCCUAUUGCUCGAAUCUGCGAAUCGAACACUGACCAUGAGUGAAAUGAGGCGCGUCACAUCCGUCGUGAAUCAACUCCCGGCAGCUUUGCUUCCAGAUGCUGACACUACAGUUGGCAUCGCUAGGAACAGCAGUCCGCUGGCAUUCGAGGUUUUUUCUAGGCUCAUUAGCCUGGCCGAAAGCAGCGGAAGGGAAGCGCCAGAUCUGAUGGCAUACUCUAGCGCACUGCACGAUCUGCCUCUAUCCUUGCGCACUUUCGAUCUUUUCUCUCGCCUCCUGCGCAGGGCCGAUGUUGUCCAUCCUGGCCCCCUCACUCCCGAGAACACAGCUUUUUCGGACCUGAUCCGACAAUACGCUCUCGCUCCGUUCAUCUCUCGAUCCAUAAAUGCAGUCUCACGGCAGGGCGAUUCUGGCGACGGGGAUGAAAUGAGUGACGAUGAACGCGCGCGAGGCGUCAAUCUCAUCUGUCAAUUUGUUCUAUCGCUGCUUGAAGCCUCCUUGUUGUUCCAAUCGGAUCCGCUGGCUGAGGCCAACUCUACCAGCGGUGUUCCCAGUGAUGCGCUCCUAUCACAGCAGCUGCAAGCAGCCGAGCAAUAUCGCGAAGCGCUGCUUGUAAUGCUUAAGCAGUUUGCACUGGCUCACAGUAGGCUCAAAGAAGCAAAUGAGUUGUACAAGAGGAUUGUUCACGAGAAUUGACGAUUCUCCACAACGAGAAUUGUCACAUUUGCUUCCAUCAUUCACAUCCUGGACACUCAUACUGAUCUUGGUAUCAAAUUGGAUAUCAGCGGCCACUUGCGACGCGAUCG